UCACGAAAAAGUUACUGUAGCAUUCAGAAAAUUGAAUCAGUAGUCUAUGUACAAACUAUAGAGUUAGUUGAUCAAUGUCUCACUAAAUUAAAAAUUAGGUGAUGCCAAGUGUAAUUUACCCUGAAUUUCGGCUGAAGAGUGAAGGCCAAACAAAAUCUAGAGAAGGAGACGACCGAUUCCAUAAAGUGGAAAGAAGGGGGAUUGUCGUCUUCGAUCGAAGCAGGAGAGGAGAUUCAGCCGUCGCUUCCGCCGCCGGUGGCCACAUCCGUCCACUUUUCCACGCGUUCGAUCAAUCAGUCAUCGCCUGCGUCUUCCCGUCUUCCCUGGCCACCGUCCAUUACCGCCGCCCACUCCUGCUGCAGGACCGUCCGCCGCCUGAUACUUUUGGGUCUGUGCUCACCGCCAGUCCGCCACGAUUCUGACUCUCGUCAUUGACCACCUGAAAUUAAAAGAGGGAAAGCACGGAAGAGGUGCUUAGUGGGUCUUGGAGGGAGAGAGAGGUCGGGAUCGAAGAGGCUCCCUGCCGAUCAGUAUUUUAACUGUGAGCCUGCUGUAGGCCCGAGAAGAGAAAGAGGAUUUUUCGGAAGAAGAACACCUAGAGAAAGCAAAUUAUAUUCCCUUGCGCGUCUAUUUCCACUUCUGGCGGUCUUCCUUCCAGAUGGUUCUUGUAAUGGAUGAUAUAGUGGAUAACCUGAACAAUGCGUAUCAGGAGUUUGUGGCUGCGGCAGCGAGUGUGCUCGAGAUCAAAGAGUUAGCCAGUGCUCAGAAAACAAUAGCUACCGACAACUCAUUGGAGAACUUCAAGCAGAAAUGGGAACUGUUUAGGGUGGCUUGUGAUCAAGCGGAGGAGCUUGUGGAGUCGGUGAGGCAAAGGAUAGGGAGUGAGUGCUUGGUGGACGAAGCUACAGGAACAGGGAGCGGAACUGUUAGCGGGAAGCCUGGGCAGAGUGGGCCAGCUGGUCUACCUCCAAUAAGUGCAGUUCGGUUGGAGCAGAUGAGCAAGGCUGUAAGGUGGCUAGUCAUCGAACUGCAACAUGGUUCUGGAGCUGCAUCUGCUGGGCAUCAUCCUCACACUCCUCCACCACCUUUUGAUGCCAGGUUUCCUGAUGAUGCCGCCCAGUAGAGGAGAUGGUAUUGUGCAUAUUAGCUUCCCUGUAAUCCGUUUCCCCUCAUAGACUGUUGAGUGUUGAUCACUUAGGGAUUGGACUCACUUUUCUGCAGAUGAACCGUUGGUUCCUAGAUUGCAGAUUGUCAUGGUAACUGUUGUGUAGCAAUUAGCAAAAGAGAAGUGACAUGAUCUGUUACUAAUCUUGAUUAUUAUUAAGAACGUAAUGUUAUUUAAAGUAAUCUUGAUGACAGAAAUGAUAAAUUGACGAGCUUGGCCCAAUGACGAGUCUGGCCUAAGCGCUAAUCGCUAAAGGCCGAAGGGUGUCCCUGUCUAAAUAUUUAACUCAUGGCACACUGGCAUAAGACCAUAGCGUUGUGCAGGUGGUCAGCCUGGCUCGGAGCAAUCAAUGAAGUGUGAGUAUACAUUCAUUGACCUUUGCUCAAGAGGUAAUUAAGGAAAAGGACUUUUACUUGGUUAUGUUGUUGCAUUUCUGAAUGUAUGGAAAAUUCUUACUUCCAAACUUGUAUUAUGCCUCUAUUGGAUUAAUUAUUUCCUAGUAAGUUAGAG